AUGGCCUUCAACGGCAAGUACGAGAUCGAGAGUGAGAAGAACUAUGACGAGUUCAUGAAGCGCCUCGGGCUCCCCAGCGAUGCGAUUGAAAAGGGCCGUAAUUUCAAGAUCAUCACGGAGGUCCAGCAGGAUGGGCAGAACUUCACCUGGUCCCAGCACUACCCCGGGGGUCACUCCAUGACCAACAAGUUCACCAUUGGCAAGGAGUGCGACAUGGAGACCAUGGGAGGCAAGAAGUUCAAGGCGACUGUGCAGAUGGAGGGCGGGAAGGUGGUGGUGGAAUUCCCCAACUAUCACCAGACCUCAGAGAUCGUGGGCGGCAAGCUGGUGGAGAUCUCCACCAUCGGAGGCGUGACCUAUGAGCGUGUGAGCAAGAGGCUGGCCUGA